AUGGCAGCAGCUGCCGUGGUGAGCGUCUCCAUGGGUGUGAUGAAGCCCGUCCUGUCCAAGCUCGCCACCCUCAUGGGCGACGAGUACAAGAAGAUCAAGGGGCUGCGGAAGGAGGUGACCUUCCUUCAGCGUGAACUCGGGGACAUGGACGCUCUCCUUGAGAAUAUGGGACAGCGUUGA